GCAGUAUAUGCAGUAAUGAAAGUUUUUUUUUUUAUCAUGCAGGAGACUGAUAGGAAAGGGUUCCGUGAGUUCCUGAGGAUGAGCGUCGAGGACUUUCAACUCCUUCUGGGGAAAGUUGAGCCUCUCAUCAAAAAGACGGACACAAAAAUGAGAAGGGCCAUCAGUGCCCGACAGAGAUUGUCCUUAACCCUCAGAUUCCUUGCAACUGGUGAGUCUUUCAGGUCACUGAGCUUCCAGUACAGGAUUGGCAGGUCUACUGUUGGCUUGAUUGUAAUGGAGACCUGCCAAGCAUUGUACAAUGUUUUGAAGGAAGAUCACAUGAAGACACCAACAACUGAGUCAGAGUGGCGUGAGAUAGCGAGCGGAUUCGAAGACAAAUGGCAAUUUCCUCAUUGCUUAGGUGCAAUUGAUGGGAAACACAUCUACAUUCAGCCCCCUGCUAAUUCAGGAAGUUCUUUUUAUAAUUACAAAGGCAGGUUCUCAAUUGUGCUAAUGGCAGUUGUAGAUGCCAACUACAAAUUCAUUUAUGCAAGUGUUGGCACUCAGGGCCGAAUGUCGGACGCAAGUCUGUUUGGACACUCAGAUCUCCGCAGUGCCAUGGACAGAGACCUGUUACAUUUCCCCCGCCCUGAGCCACUUCCCAAUACAGAUUUAAUCAUGCCCUAUAUGUUUGUUGGUGAUGAAGCCUUCCCUCUCCGUUCUGACCUUAUCAAGCCCUAUCCCCACAGAAACCUUGAUCAUGGACAGCGAAUUUUCAAUUAUAGAUUAUGUAGAGCAAGGCGAACUGUGGAAAAUGCAUUUGGCAUAUUGGCAAAUAGAUUACGUGUGUUCCUAACAAAUAUUUCUAUUGAACCAGAUAAGGUAACUUGCAUCACCCUUGCUGCCCUUGCCCUCCACAAUUUCCUGAGGGAAAAAUCAGAGGCCUACGUGCCUCCAGUCUUUGUGGACAGAGAGGACGAGAACCACAGAGUCAUUGCCGGAACAUGGCGAAGAGGUGGAGAUCUUGACUCUGUGGCAUUGAGUAGGGCGCGGAAUGCCACAACCACUGCUAAAGACCAGCGUGACCUGCUGAAGGCAUAUUUUCAAUCCUCUGAAGGAUCCGUUGAUUGGCAGGAGGAUAUGAUUUGAAAAUGUUAUGCAUUGAUAUUUAUUUAUUAUCAAUUGGUUUAUACUAUUUAUAAUAUACUAUUUAUUUAUUUACGCUAUUAUACUAUUUAUUAGUUAGUUACAACAGUGUUGUUAGUUAGACAGUAAACCAAUAUUUACAGAGUAUUUAUUAUCAUCUUGUUUAUACUAUUUAUUAUAUACUAUACUUAUUUAUGCUAUUACUACUACUAUACUACUAUUUAUUAGUUACAACAGUGUUAUGUUAGACAGAAAAUCAACAUUUAACAAAUAUUUAUUGUCAUUUUCUUUAUACUAUUUAUUAUAUAUUAUCUAUUUAUACUACUACUACUACUAUACUAUUAUUUAUCAGUUCGUUAUAACAGUGUUAUGAUAGUUAGACAGUUAACCAAUGGGAUGCAACACGAUAAAUAAAGGAACAAACAAUUUACCUAAUAUUUAACAAACGCAAUAAAUAAAUUAAAAUAACAAUUGGCGAGUUCUAUAAUGUCUCUUUGAUACUAGUCAUAAUUGUAGCCCAUAGUAUUGUGCUGUGGAGGCAUGUUGUGGGUGAAGUGGUGGGUUUGCAGAGGUGUGUGCCCUGUGCUCUGCUCUGGCCAAGAAGUUUGAGCAGGGUUAGCUGUUCUCUGCUCAUUCUCCUGGGCAUCAUAGAGCAUUAACAUUAUGUUUCGGCGUAGUCUCAAGCGUGUAGUUCUGUCCUGCACAUGUUUAAGCUCACAAGCCAC